AUGCAGGGGCCGCGGGCCCGGCCGCCGCCGCGCGCCCCCCGCGCCGCCGCCAUGAGCUCCCAGGAGACCCCCCAAGCCCGGAGGUUCCCCAUAGAGGCGGGCGACUCUCCCGGCCUCGCCGUGGCUCCCGAAACGCAGGAGCCGGGCGCUGCUCAGCAGACGGCGGGAAGGCAGCUGCGACGGUGCCCCGGGAGCCACUGCCUGACGCUGCCCAACAUCCCCAUUGACGUUUUCAUGGCCAUGGGCGGCAACCGCCGGCCCCGCACCACCUGA